AUGGCUAUGGUUGUGGCGCAAAAAGAAAUCGAUUAUACCAUCAAGCCUGAAGCUGUGACUCCAACGGUCGAUACCAGCUCAUGGCCUCUGCUGCUCAAGAACUAUAACAAUUUACUUGUUCGCACUGGUCACUUUACGCCCAUUCCCAAUGGCUGCACACCUCUCAAGCGGGAUCUCAAGUCGUACAUCAGCUCUGGUGUUAUAAACCUCGACAAGCCCUCGAACCCUUCCAGUCACGAAGUCGUUGCAUGGGUGAAGCGUAUGCUCAGAGUUGAGAAGACUGGCCACAGCGGUACCCUCGAUCCAAAAGUGACGGGAUGCUUGAUCGUUUGUAUCGACCGUGCAACAAGACUGGUAAAAUCGCAACAAGGAGCAGGAAAGGAGUAUGUGUGCGUUAUCCGAUUACACGAUAAGCUUCCCGGAGGAGAGGCACAAUUCGCACGAGCUCUUGAGACAUUGACGGGUGCCCUGUUCCAACGACCACCUUUGAUCUCGGCCGUCAAGCGGCAAUUGCGUAUCCGAACUAUUCACGAGAGCAAGCUAUACGAAUUCGACAAUGAUAGACACUUGGGCGUUUUCUGGGUCAGCUGUGAAGCAGGAACAUAUAUCAGAACGCUUUGUGUUCAUUUGGGACUGCUCUUGGGCGUUGGAGCUCACAUGCAGGAACUGCGACGAGUGCGAAGUGGUGCUAUGGAUGAGACGAAGGAUAUGGUCACACUGCAUGAUGUGUUGGAUGCACAAUGGAUGCAGGAUAAUACUCGGGACGAGUCGUAUCUUCGGAGAGUGAUCGCACCUUUGGAGACGCUUCUUACCACAUACAAGCGAAUUGUGGUCAAGGACAGUGCGGUCAAUGCAGUAUGCUAUGGAGCUAAGUUGAUGAUUCCAGGUCUGCUUCGAUAUGAGGCGGGUAUCGAAGUUCAUGAGGAAGUUGUUCUGAUGACGACGAAGGGAGAAGCGAUUGCUCUUGGCAUCGCACAAAUGUCGACCGUUGAGCUCUCAACAUGUGACCACGGAGUAGUGGCCAAGGUCAAGCGUUGUAUCAUGGAGCGUGAUCUCUAUCCAAGAAGAUGGGGUCUCGGCCCAGUUGCCUUGGAAAAGAAGAAGAUGAAGGCCGAUGGUAAACUUGACAAAUACGGCAGACCAAAUGAGGCUACACCUGCGAAGUGGAACACAGAGUAUAAGGACUUCAAUGCUCCGCUAGAGGGCUCGGCUCCAGCUCCUGUUGCUGAGAUUCCUUCCAGUGCUCUGACCCUCCCUGCCAUUGAGUCUCCCGAAGCCGACGCCGACGUGUCCAUGGUCAGCAACGGGGUCAAAGACAAAAAGAGAAAGCGCCAUGAAGGCGAGACAGCAGAGGAGAAGGCAGAGAGAAAGCGAAAGAAGAAAGAGAAAAAGGAGAAGAAAGCGAAGAAGGAAGGUAAGAAGGUUGAGGAGAGUGAUGACAGCGAAUAA